UCUCCUCUCAGCAGCGCACUUUGCUUUUUCGCGGACGCACACUUUGGUUUGAAUUACUCCCCCUCCCCUUUCACCCCCCGUUGGAAGGUACACAGGUGCAUCCCACGGUUGUUACUCGCUCCCUGCUCGGUUGAUUAUGGUCACAACCCCCGCGGUGCCAAGGUGGAGUCACCGCGCGUUUCUCGGAUCGGUGCGCUUCUCCAGGGGCUGGGAUGCGCACCGGGCACCUCUCGCUUCCUGCCUAAUUUCGGGUCCGGACAGGAGUCCAGUUCUGCCCCGGGGCGCCGAGGCAGGAGGAGCCAGUCCACCCGGAGCAGGAUGCCGGUGAUGAGAGGGCUGCUUGCCCCGCAGAACACCUUCCUGGACACUAUCGCCACGCGCUUCGAUGGCACCCACAGUAACUUCGUGCUGGGGAACGCUCAGGUUCAGGCGCUCUACCCCAUCGUUUACUGCUCCGAUGGAUUCUGCGAGCUCACCGGAUUCGCCCGAGCCGAGCUCAUGCAGAAGAGCUGCGCCUGCCACUUCCUGUACGGACAGGAAACCAGCGACAAGCAAACAGCUGAGAUCCAGGGAGCGCUGGACGAGAGGAAGGAGUUCAAAACUGAGCUGGUGUUCUACAAGAAGGAAGGUACACAGUUCUGGUGUCUUCUGGACAUUGUACCCAUCAAAAAUGAAAAGGGGGAGGUGGUUCUGUACCUGGUGUCCCACAAAGACAUCUCGGACAAGAAGAGGGACCAGGAUCCAGAGCAUGGGCCUGAAACAGACGAGGAGACGGGCCUGGAGGUGCAUCAGGUCACUCGCCCUGCAGGGUUCAACACUAACCGGCGGCGCAGCAGAGCGGUUCUGUAUCAUCUGUCAGGACACCUGCAGAAACAAGACAAGAGCAAACUGAAGCUCAACAACAACAUGUUUGGAGACAAGCCUCCCAUCCCAGAGUAUAAGGUAGCAGCGAUCCAGAAGUCCCGCUUCAUCCUCCUCCACUACGGCAACUUCAAGGCCGGCUGGGAUUGGUUGAUUCUGCUGGCGACCUUCUACGUGGCGGUCACUGUUCCCUACAACGUGUGCUUCACCGUGGUGGGGGGGCGGGACGAGAGCUCCGCCCCCAGGAGCCCCCCCAGCGUCAGUGACAUCCUUGUGGAGAUACUCUUCAUUCUAGACAUCCUUCUGAACUUUCGGACCACGUUUGUGAGCACGUCGGGUCAGGUGGUGUACGACGCUCGCUCCAUCUGCGUUCACUACGUCACCACCUGGCUGUUCGUGGAUCUGAUCGCCGCGCUGCCCUUUGACCUUUUGUACGCCUUCAACGUCAGCGUGUACUUUGGUGUCCACCUCCUGAAGACGGUGCGCCUCCUCCGGCUGCUGCGCCUCCUGCAGAAGUUGGAGCGAUACUCCCAGUACAGCGCGGUGGUUCUCACGCUCCUCAUGUCCAUGUUCGCCCUGCUGGCCCACUGGAUGGCCUGCGUCUGGUACUUCAUCGGACGCAAGGAAAUAGAAAGCGCUGGACUCUGGGAUAUCGGUUGGCUCUAUGAGUUGGCAAAGCGUCUGGGGACCCCCUACUUCCUGCCCCCCCCCCUCACCACCCUCUUCUCCUCCACCGUCAGCAGCCUCUCGACCAACAGCAGCCAGUGGAACGUCUCGGGGUCAGAGGUCGCGGCGCAGAGCUCCUGGAACUCCAGCCAAAUGACAAAUGGCAAGCGUGUCCAUGGCCGCCGGGAGGAAAUGUGUCCGUGCCGGGGGGGACGGGUGGGGUCAGCGGAGGGGGGGUCUGCGGGGUGCUGGGGGGGGUCCCUCGAUGAGGAGCAGCUAUGUGACAUCACUGUACUUCGCCCUGAGCAGCCUCACCAGCGUGGGUUCGGAAACGUGUCGGCAAACAGACUCGUGGAUGAAAUGAGAGCAGGUAAAGGCGAUCUGAUUGGCUCGGACUCCCUGACGAAGGAGCAGGUGAUUAAGACCAACGCUAACGUGAAGGCGCUGACGUACUGCGACCUUCAGUACAUCAGCCUGAAGGGGCUGCGCGAGGUCCUGCGUCUCUACCCAGAAUACGCCCAGAAGUUCAUCUCAGAGAUCCAGCACGACCUCACCUACAACCUGAGGGAGGGCCACGGCGCCGACGUGGACUGGGAGAGUAAUGGCGGUCUGGUGAAGAAGCUGCCGUCGAUCCGUGAGGAUGAGGAGGGUGGUGAAGAUCAGAGCUCGGUGUCCCGCCCCGCCCGCUCCCCCCUGAGGCUCAGCAGGGGGCUGAACUCCCCCCUGCGCUCCCCCCUCCUCCCCCCCAGGCCCUUCAGAGCCCCCUCAGAUCUCAACAGACCCGCAACUCUGCAGAUCCCCGUGGUCAGUUUCUGCAGCGCAGCUCCUCCAGAACUCAGCCCCAGAUUUGUGGACGGCAUUGAAACGGACACCAACUCUCUGUGCUCUCAGAAGUUUGAGUUCAGUCCCAGCAUGUCGCCUGCAGCAUCGCCCUCCCCUUACACAGGGAAUCGGGAGCCCUCUGAGAUCAAGCAGAGUGUUUCUAAACUGGCUGAGGAGAUGAACAGCCUCACGAAGCAGGUGUCACUUCUCAGUCAGGAGCUGCAGGAGAUGACCCGCCUCCUGAAGCCCCUCCUCCAACAAUCCCCUCCUCCAAUCCUGAUGACCAUAAUGCCAAAUCUAACCCCGCCUCCCAGCAGCAGCGCCAGCCAAUUAUCAACGAGCACCUGCUUGGUCCCGCCUCCCCUAUCUUCUUCUUCCUCACCGAGACAAGACUCUCACUCCCUGUUGGACGGGGGAGACAUCGAGGGUGUGGAUUUGCCAGGAUGCCUCUUACCGACUCCCCCUUCACCAAAAAGGGUUAAUUUGUCUCCCAAACUUAAAAGCGCCAACCCCAACCCUCCCUCCCUUGAGGAAGGACUCCCUGAGGGUCCUUUAGUCCUCUCUGAGGGUCCUCUCCCCCUCCCUCCCUCCCCUGCUAACGGGAUCUAUCUCCCCUUUCUGCAGGACCAGCCUCCUUCCCCUUCACUUUCCCUCUCCUUCUCCAUGUCUCUUUGCUCCUCACCCUCUUUCUCCCCAUGCCUCCUACCUCCUCCUCCCUCCCAGGACACCCCCCCUCCUCGCCCAGCAUACUCCCACUGUUCUGCACCCCCCUCCCUCACAUCCUCUCCAGGCGACCACUCCACGGUCUCCGCCUCUCGGCCCAUGUCUCUGGACUUUGUUAGGAGAAAGCAGGGAGACAUCAUCCCCCCUUGGUGCAACUCACAGCUACCAAACCCCCCCCCACAGGAGCUGGAGAUGCAGGAGAUGUGGGGGAGACAGGUGGGGGAGGAGGGGAGGAACUCCACAGAGCACAUCAGCUUCAUCGAUGAAGCGGAGCCGGCAUUAUUAACCGUUAAAACUGACUGAAAAGGAAACAAAGUAGCAGAAAUUAGAUCAGGGAAAGUGACUGAAAUCACACACAGGAAGUGAUUUUUCAGACAGGAAAUGCUUACAGGACACACAGGAAGUGAUGAAAUAGUUACAGGACACACAGGAAGUGAUGACAUACUUACAGUACACACAGGAAGUGAUGAAAUACUUACAGUACACACAGGAAGUGAUGGAAUGCUUACAGGACACACCGGAAGUGAUUUGUCAGACAGGAAAUGCUUACAGGACACACAGGAAAUAGAAACACCUGCAAGGCGGAGACAUAAAGCCUGCAGCUGUCAGCCAAUCAGUGUGAAGGACUUUUUUUUUUCCUACACUGAUCACAGAACAGCACAAAAUGUCUUAUAGUAUCAACACUUCAGUAGCAUUAGCAUUAGCAACUGUCCCACAUACACAAAUUGACCAAAAGUCAUGUUUUAAAGUCAAAUUUAGCUGAUUAUAUAAUUUCACUUCUUAAAACCCAGGGACUACAAACACAUAUCUCAGUGGGAAACAUGUCAGAUAAUCACCACACUGGGACUGGGAAUGUAAACUCACCUUUCAGAGCCAGUUUGCUUCAUUAAUUCGUUUAUUUUUUGCAUUUCAAAUUAGAAAUCUGCCUCUAGGAUGGUGGAGGAACUCACUCAGCUUCAAAUCCAACUAUCUUGUCAGUCACACACAUCGUUCAUUCUCCAAAAAACAUCCACAUUUUGCCUGUAAAAGAAGUUUAAAGUGCACAUUCGAGUGAAACGCCGGAGCAUUAGUGCUUCUUUUUGAGACCUGAAGCGUGCUGGGUGUGCCAAAGACAAAUUAUGGACAGAAAUAUCAUAAGCAGCCCCCAUAUAUAACUGUUUCCCACCUCCUUUACUGUUUACAAGCAGCCUCUCAGAUUGUACAGCAGACUCACAUCACUCCUGAGCUUUAGCCAUCCAGCCAUUCGUGCCUUCUCUGCAUUAAAGUUCCCUAAAGUCCUUUUCCUGGUUAGCAUUCGGAUCAAAAUUAACACGGAAAGCCAUCUACAGAGAACACUUUACCUACCUACCUAACGCACCUUUACCUAAAAUGUAAUUUAUUUAUUUAUUCAGGCUGUGAAUUUAUUUAUUUUUAUUGAUGACGAGGAAAUAUUAUAAUAUUUCUAGGAGAGAAAGGUCUACCUUCCCGAUUGUUAUGUAGCACACACACA